AAAAAUUUCUUGUCUUUCAGGUGCAUGCCUUGCAGUACCAGAAGCAACAAGGAACAAACAUUGCUCUUUUCAGAUCCUGCACCAUGGAUUGCUAUAUUCACACAUGAGCCUACAGAGUCAUUCAGAAGCUCCUGGAUCAGAUUCAAGUUAUAUCAGAGAGACUGUCCACACCAUGGAUUCAAUAAAGUUCAGCUGCUCAGCACUUUCUUCAGAGGCAUCGAGCUGUCAUAUCAGAUGGCUCUAGACUCAGCUAGUGAUGGAAACUUCAACACUAGGAAUCCAAAAGAGGAUCUGAGACUUAUUGAGAACUUGGCAUCCAGCAAUAGCACCAAGAACAAUGAUUUUGAGAGGAGAAAAUCGGCCACUACCCUAGGGAAGGAGCAGAUGGACGAUGUUAAGGCUAAGCUGGAUAGUGUUCCCAAGCUUCUCAAGAAGCCGGUCAGCUUUGCAGAGGAUGUAGAAGCUAUAGAUGUCGACAUUGACAAAGAUGAAGAGGAGGAUGUGAACUUUGUUAGUGGUACAUGCUUUCAGAAUCUGAGGUAUGAAAAUCAGAGUGGAUACAUAAACUCUUAUGGCAAUGGACAGAAGAGUGGAUACAACCAGAGCCCGCAGUACCAGAAACCCUUCAGUAACAACUACAACAUCAGCAACAACUACAACAUCAGCAACAUCAGCAACAGAGUUUAUGGGAAUUCUUUCUACCAGAAUCCGCCACCACAGACUCGGGAGAGCAAGAUAGAGUCCUUGCUUGAUCAAGUUCUUGAGGGUCAGCAGAAGUUGAUGAUUAUUUCAAUGGAAAGAUAGAUGAUGUCUACACAGAGCUCAACUCAAAGUUUGAGUCUUUGAACACAGAUGUGAGGAAGUUGGAGACACAAGUGGUUCAGACAGGAGAAACUGUUAAGAGGCAGGAGGCCUUCAUCAAGGGUAAAGGAGAGGAAUCACUGAAGCACAACGUGAUGCCAUCAUAGAUGAUGAUUUCUGGCAAGUCGUAAAAGAUGAGAAGCUUCAGGAAGGGGACUUUAGAGUCGAGAGCUCCAUUAGUUUUGGUAGUUGAUCCUGGUGUGGACCGACACCAAGAAAUGAACAUCGACCGAUGGAGACAGACGAAUAUCGAUCGACAUCAGCUACUCAGCAUCGAUCGACAGAGGAAUUUGCGUCAUGCGCAGCAGUAAGGAUCCUAACUCACGAAGAGUUUGCAGCUAAACACCCUCAUCCACCCAAACCCUUACGCAUUAAGAAGUUGGAUAUCGAUUGGGGCCAUGAACCAUCUACCGAUCGACAAAAAGACUCAACCGACAAUCGGAGGGCUUACUCCAGCGUCGAUCGACAACCACCUCUCACGUACCGAGUGCAUCUACUAAAGAUAGAUGUAUCAUGUUUGAAUGCACUCAGGAAUCCAUCUCAACCUUCAUAAACUAUUGUAGACAACUUCAGUCAACAAUCUGAUGAUGCACCAGAGUCAAUGCAAGUUGAUCAGACUUCUGAGAAGAGAACCUUGAGGAGAAAGAAGGAAAAAGGUUCAUAAGCAUCUUAAGAGAGGAGUUAAUGAGAAGGAGAUGGAUAGCUUCACUAAAAGAGUUCUUAGGAUACCCUUGGACUAGGGAUGUUAAAAUGAGUAAUUACCCAUGGGUGUACGGUGUACCCAAACCCACAAGUAUUGGGUUGUGUUUUUGCCUUUCAAUAAAUAAAUGGGUUCACAAUGGGCUUUUACCCUUAAAUAAAUAAAUGAAUUUACACUAUAUGGGUAAACCCAAUAGAGUGAAUGGGUACCCACAAAUCUAAAAAAUACUAAAUGACGACGUUAAAACUUCUCCUCCUUCUCUGAGACUCCGACUUCGAAACCUCCAUCGUCUUCUCUGAGACUCCGACUCUCCCUCUAAUCUAAAGUCUGAAACUCUGAAUCGUCGAGUUUCACCGUCUCUCUCAGGUUCUCCCUCCCCUCUCUCUCUCUCUCUCUCUCUCUCUCUCUCUCUCUCUCUCUCUCUCUCUCUCUCUCUCUCUCUCUCGAUCUCUCUAUCUCUCUUGUUUUGAUUUUGAUUGUUUUCUUGUCUCAGGGAAGAAACUUCAUCAGGUUUUGAUUCUGAUUGUUCGCUUGUCUCUGCAGCAAACCCAUUAUCAGAUGGAUUCCCAGUCAGUGAGAGUACUUGCAGGACUUGAAGAGCAACUAGAUAUGGACAGAGAGGAGAAUGAAGCUGAACUUCAAGGAGCCCACAGUGAAACUCAAGUGACUCAACCAACAAAAACGGUGAUAUUGAAGAUAAUUUCGAUGAGGAAGCUACAAAUGUUGCAAGUUCUUCAGGAGUAUGAGAGAGAUUCAAGAUUCAAGAAGCUACAAAUAUUGCAAACUACUAUUUAUUUUAAUCUGAAUAAAAAUACUUUUGCUACUUCUUUACAAAUGUUGCAAGCUACAAUUUGUUUCAAUCUGAAUCAAAUAUAAAUUUAUUAUAA